UGACAAUACAUUUGUGAGUAUUUAAGCGAAACGAGUGAACGAGUGAUGAGAUUAUUGCCAUUAAUUGUGAGAUUUGUUUGUUAUUAUCGUUUGUAUUAGCGAUGAAUUGAAAUGUGAUUACAAUAUGUUUGUGAGAUAAUAGUCACUGAAUUGGUUGCGCUCUCCAGUCGUCGUCAAUACAGACAAAGUGUAUGUCUCAGUGGAUGGCAAUCAAUGGUCAAUCCAUCAACUCUUUCACUGCAUUUUAAUUUAAAGGCCGGAGUUUUUAACGUAAACUUUUUGCUCAAACCGUGGUUUAGAUACCGAAGAGUGAGAAGGAAAGAGAGAUAGCGAUGAUUGGUGUGAAGUACCGGCAACUGGUCUCGUCGGUCAAGACUUCGGGCUCUUCGCGUAGUUUUGUGCUCACUUUGGCGAUGGGAAUGACGUUUGGCUUCAGUUUCGCGUAUUUGUUGCUCAGUGUUGUCCACUACCAGAGGGUUGGUCUUAACGCCAACACAUUCUUCAUGCCGUCGUCCCUACACGACGACCACCAGCACAGCGACGCCGACCCUCACGACCACCACAGCCUCGACAGUGUUGUCGGCCCAUCAGAUCCCGUCAGUCUUCACUCACACGACGAACAGUUUCAUAAGGACGACGACUUAGUGGCCAAAGAAUUAGCGAAAAAAGUGCGGAUAUUGUGUUGGAUUAUGACUAAUCCCGAUAAUCACGAGACAAAGGCCAAGCAUGUGAAGGCCACGUGGGGUCAGAGAUGCAACACAUUGUUGUUCAUGAGCUCAACCGCUGACCCGAGUCUGCCGACAGUCAAACUCGAUGUGAAGGAAGGCAGAGACCAAUUAUGGGCCAAAACCAGAGGCGCUUUCAACUACUCAUACCAUCACUACCUUCAGGAAAACGAUUGGUUCCUCAAAGCGGAUGACGACACGUAUGUUGUGGUCGAGAAUCUGCGGUACUUUCUAUCGUCACAGAAUGCGACGGAUCCGGUGUUCUUCGGCUGCAAAUUCAAACCAUACGUCAAACAAGGGUAUAUGUCCGGCGGUGCGGGAUAUGUGUUGAGUCGGGAAGCGCUCAAAUUGUUUGUGGAGAAGGGUUUGAGUGAAGGGCACCCAAAACGAUGCAAAGAGGGUAAAGAGGGCGGCGCUGAAGACGUCGAUAUGGGUCAGUGUUUAGAGACAUUGGGCGUACGGGCGGGAGAUUCACGUGAUAGCUUAGGCAGAGGCCGAUUCUUCCCCUUCGUUCCCGAACAUCACGUGAUUCCCGGACACGUCGACAAAAGCUUCUGGUACUGGCAGUACAUCUACUAUCCCUCACAAGAAGGAAUGGGCUGUUGUAGUGAUACCGCCAUAUCCUUCCAUUACGUCAAUCCCAAUAUGAUGUAUGUCUUGGAGUACUUAUUAUAUCACUUGCGUCCGUACGGUAUAAACACCAAAAUUACUAUCGACUCGAGCGCUGCCAACACCGACUCCGAUGGCCAACACAUCACUACAUCCGUUAACAAUCGGGUGAAGCGUUCGCUCAAAAGCCUUACAAAGACUCAGCGCUCGCACCUCUUCAGAGACAGUAUUAUUGGCGACGAUUUGUUGGACUAAAUUGUAUGAGAAAACGAUGGAUUAAAUCCAUCAGUUCUAUGUCUAACCAAACAUUUGCAUUACAAGCAAACACUUUGUGAUACCAUUGGAUUUAACGAUAACUAUUUUUUACAACAAAACCCGCAAAAUAUUGUCUUUUUUAGUGAUAAACACUUUCGAGUGUUUGUCUCGACAUUCCAUUAGUGCCAUCAUUUGCUCCGACAAUAGUUUUAAUUGAAGUUUAAUUUAAUUGCAAUUCAUUUCUAGUCAGUAUUAUUUUGAGUCAUUUGUCCAACAAUUACCUUGAUCACUUUUGUUAUAUUUAAAGCCAUU